AUGUGCUCCAAUAACUUCAUAGCAGAAUACGCUCCAAUCGUUUUCCAAUUUCUACCGAUAUGUCUGAUUUAUACGGGAACCUCUAUUCUUGCACUCUUUGUAUAUCGAAUGGAGGCAGUCAUUGUUCAUAGAUCAGAGAAAUCUAGAAUAAGGAAAUGUAUUGUUUAUUUGAAAUACUUGUUUAUUGUCAGCAUUGUCGUCGUCCUGGCUUUCACUGUACUGAUUUAUCCGGAUUUGAAAUAUCAGAAAGAUUACAAACUGAAAAUGGAACAGAGAUUCGGAACAUUCCAACCGUAUAUGUGGUGUGACAAUUGUUUCUUUUUCAACUUCGAUUCCAUUCUGUUUCAAUGGUUUUUCCGAGUUGCCGCUGUGGCAGUGGUUCUUGGAACAACCUCUGCAACUCUCGCACUAUUUCAGACUAUAAAAUGCAUUAAUUCCGUGAAUAUUCAAUUAUCUGCAAAAACUAAAACAAUUCAUAGAAAUUUUCUAGUCAGUUUGGUGAUUGCGAAUUCGACCGAUAAUAUGCUCAACGACACAUGUUACUUUGAGGAGCCAUUUGAUUUUAUGAUUAUCCAUUACAUUGCUUUAUCUCUAUCAGCUAUUGUAUACGGAAUUGCAUUUUUUGUUCUGAUUUUCAAAACACCAAAACACUUUAGUAAAUAUCGAAACUAUUUAGCUGCUCAUAUUUUUUCUGGAUUCCUUUUAGAUUUUGUCAUGGGUGUUCUCUGGAAAGUCACUAUCGUCCUUCCAGUACCUAUUAUGUGUUCCAACACAUUUGUAUCUGAAUAUGCACCGAAUGUAUUCCAAUUGCUGCCAGCAUGUUUUGCAUACACUGGAGCUUCUGCCAUUUCCUUAUUUGUAUAUCGAAUGGAAGCUGUAAUUGUUCACAGGUCUGAACAAUCUGUGAUACGAAAAGUCGUGAAAUAUGUGAAAUAUGCAUUCUAUGUGAACAUAGUUAUUGUCCUAUUACUCACUAUUUUGAUUUAUUCUGACUUGAAAAAUCAAAAAGAAUACAAAAUGAAAAUGGAAGUACGUUUCGGAACUUUCAAGCCGUAUAUGUGGUGUGAUAAUUGUUUCUUUUGCAACUUUGAUUCAAAUACAUUUCGAAUAUUUUUCUAUGCGGCUGGUUGUGCAGUAGUUCUUGGAGGAUUAACUGGUGGAAUUGCAUUUCAUGUCACAGUUAAAGCAUUGAAAUCUGUCAGUUUGAGAUUGACAGCCAAAACAAGAGCCAUUCAUAGAAACUAUCUAUUAAGCUUAUCACUAGCGGCUGCCGUUCACGUUAUCUGUAUUUUGGUUCCUCUUCUCGGUUUCUUAUCAGCUAUAAAUGUCUUAAUUAGCUUGAGCCAAUUCAGAUAUUUCCCAUUUAUCCUUGCGCUGGUCAUCCAAGAACAUGGUGCAGCAUCUACAGUAAUCAUGUUUCUAACCAACAACUUAUUACGAAACGCUCUGAAAAAAAUGUUCUUCUGUGAAGAAUUGAUUCCAACCGUAGAAAAUAGUAAUAAUAAUCGAUCAACUUUCGUAACCUGA